AUGGACGUCGACGUCGUCGUUCUCGGGACUGGACUGACAGAGUCGAUUACAGCCGCCGCACUCUCCAAGGCAGGCUUCAAGGUCGCUCACAUCGACGCCAAUCCUUAUUACGGCGGUGACGACGCCUCUUUAACUCUCGACGAGCUGAUUGACUGGGCUGAUCGACACACAUCUCAACCUGAUGCCCUCGACAACGCGUAUACCUCCGCGCAGCGAGCACGAUUCGCCUCUAUCACUCAUUCCUCUUCCUCUCUUCCUCAGUCUAGGCAGUAUUCGCUCUCACUCGCACCGAGCAUCAUUCCAUCCAUCGGCCCUCUCAUAGAUGCUCUCGUUGCGUCCGGUGUCUCCCGCUAUGGUGGCUUCAAACUCCUCGAGAAGGUCGCACUCUACGCCGCCCCAGGCAAGGUGCGGCAUGUGCCCGGCAGCAAGGAAGACGUCUUUAAGAGCAAGGAGCUGUCUCUGCUAGACAAAAGGAGACUCAUGCGCUUCCUAACGUUUGCUGCGGGCGAGUUCGAAGGCAGUAAGGAGCUCGAGGGCAAAGUUGACGUGCCUUUCUUCGGCUUCCUGCGUGAGACGUUCUCGCUCGAAGACCGGACUGCUGGGGCGAUCGCCUACGCAUUGGCGUUCUGCAAUUCUGCGCUAGAUCCUACGUUACCAGCACUCCAGCGCAUUCGCAGAUAUCUCCGUUCAACAGGACGAUACGGACCAUCUCCGUUUCUCUUAGGUCAUUAUGGUGGAUUAGGCGAGAUCGCUCAGGGUUUCUGCCGCACUUCCGCCGUAAAUGGUGCCACGUAUAUCCUUGGUCGACAGAUAGCCUCCCUCGAUAAGAAGGUCUCUGACGAAGUCAUCACCUCGUCCAGUGGCCAGCGACACAAGGUUGAGCUUCAUGACCUCGAGGAGAAACUUAUAUGUGAUGUUGUUGUCUCGCCUUUGGACUACCUUCCUUCCGAUAUCGACGCAACAACAGUGCCUUCACUUGGCCCGACACCCACUUAUCCAGUGGCAAGAUGCAUAGCAAUAAUCGACCGGCCAUUAUCUUUUACAACCCCCGAUGCCACGACUGAAAACCCGUCAGAACCAAUAUCUGAUGAUGGUGCAGAUUCAUCGCGGGAAAGGGAGAAGGCAGAGGAGAUGGCCGAGGAGGCGAAAGAAGAAGUAGAUACUGCGCUUCUCGUGUUUCCUCCAUCUACUCUGCCGGAGAAUUCAGGUGAAGUCGCAGUGAAUGUGCUGAUCACCGGUGAAGGCAGCAUGUCGGCUCCUCGAGGCAAAUGGAUACUGUACAUUACGAUGCCUUUGCUUGACGCAAGCACAGCAACACCAGACGAGCUGCUCAGCCCGUACUUGGACGCAACGCUUAGUCUAGCGACUCCGCCACCAGGUGACGGCGCUCCGGUCCAAGCGCUUUUCACUCUAUUCUACAUUCAGCAUCCGCCUAGUCAGCCUGCUCAGAAGCUCGAAGCAGCCGCCAACGCUACUGUCCUUGUAACACCGACAUGCUCGCCCGUUUUGCCCGAGCAAGGUGAUUUGGCCACGGUCAAUGCGGAGAGCGUCUUCUUCAAGACGGUAGAGAUGUUGAAGGCAUGUGGGCGGUGUCCUCGGCGGAAAGAGGGCGAUGAGGUGGUUUCUGGAGACGUCUGGGAGAUCGAGUCUUUCUGGCCACCGCUGGACAUAGUGGACGAUCCAUCGGAGGACUGGUAG